AUAUCAAAAUCAACAAUGAACGCUCACCAACCCAAUAAUAAAACAUUCAACAAAACCGCGCGCGCAGUGUUGUUCUUCAUCGGAUUGUUAGCCUAUGCAUAUCAAAACACCAUCCCUCCACCACCAAACCUAUGUGGUUCAUCACACGGACCACCUGUAACUGGACCACGUGUCAUCCUUCGAGACGGUAGACAUCUUGCAUAUCACGAAUAUGGCGUUUCUAGAGAUACAGCCAACUAUAAAAUCGUCUUCGUUCAUAGUUUUGGUGCUUGCCGCUACGAUGAAUCAGUUUAUCAUCCGGAAUUGUUUGAAGAACUCAAGAUAUACAUGGUGGCAUUUGAUAGGCCGGGUUAUGGAGAGAGUGACGUGGACCCGAAACGAACGAUUAAGAGUUUCGCAUCGGAUAUAGAAGAUCUUGCUGAUAAACUUGAACUUGGUUCUAAAUUCUAUGUGAUUUCAUAUUCCAUGGGUAUGCAAGGUGGUUGGGGCAGCCUUAAGUACAUUCCUCAUAGGUUACAAGGAGUGGCAUUGAUUUCACCAGUUGUAAACUACUGGUGGUCUAGCUUCCCGACCAACGUAUCAUGGGAGGCGUACAAGUUACAACCACUUCAAGACCAAUGGGCAGUUGCGGUGUCACACUACGUGCCGUGGUUGGUGUACUGGUGGAACACUCAAAAAUUGUUUCCUGGGUCAAGCGUUAUAGCUGGAAGGGCUAAUUUAUCAUCUUCGGAUAGGGAAGUUUUGGCCAAGAGUAGUGGACAAAGGUCACCAACACCAAUCCCAUCGCUAAAGGAUUACGUGAGACAACAAGGACUAGCAGAGUCCAUAUUUAGGGACAUGAGAGUCGGGUUUGGUAAAUGGGAAUUCGAUCCAAUGAAAUUAGAGAACCCUUUCCCAAACAAUGAGGGAAGUGUACAUAUGUGGCACGGAGAUGACGAUUGGGUAGUACCUGUGAAUUUGCAGAGAUACAUAGCAAAAAAGCUACCAUGGAUUCAUUACCAUGAGCUACCCGGUGUUGGUCAUGCGCUACCAAAAUAUGAUCCCAAUAAAGAAGCCAUUUUAAAGUCGCUUCUGCUUGGAGAAAACUGAUAGUUUGAAACCAAAGACCAGCCUUUGGAUCUCAAAUGUAGCAUUUCUGGACAAUGGGCGUAAAUAAAGUUUUUACUGGACAUUUUUGCUGCUGGUAAAUUUCGUACAGAACGGCUGGAAAGGAACGGCUGGUCAUAUGAUAAUGUCAAUGUUUUAUUUCCUGGAAUCCUUUGUUCUUAUGGUUCAGUUUCAUUUGUGUAUUGUUUUAUCUGCUGUAAGCCCAUCCAACUUGUAGGAUAGUGGCGUUAGAUGUAUAAUACACCGGUAGAAUGUUGUAGUAUUGGUAUUUCAGUAUUUA